UUAGAGGGGGGCAGUCCUGGAAGGUGACACACAACCAGUGAGGCUGCUUUAAAAAAGAGCAGGACACCCACUAAUAUUUACGUAACACCAUACCUUCCCAACAAAUUAGAUAACUACUUCGGCUGUACACAAACCGGAGUUUCCAACAUGGCACGUAGCGGCCCCUCGUCGUCCAGCGGCUGUUUGUCGCUGAAGUAAGAGCAGGAAACUUUUCACUGACAACCGAGGCGGGAAGAAGAAACCGGUGAAGUCAAGAAGACAGAGAGACAGAAAAAGAAAAUAGCUGCACUGUGAUAACUUCCCAGACCCAGAUGCAUUAAACUAUCUUCAAACAGAACCUUCAAAGGUGCUAACGGGUAACAACGUCGUCACAUUUUGGUUAGCCUACACAGCUAAUUGGCUACACACCUAGCUCACCACAUUAGCUAGCAGCAGUCGCGCAGACAGAGCUCGGGCACCAACAGCUGCAGCGCUUACUCCCCGUCGACCAUGGCUCCUUCUCAGCAGCAGCUUGUCCCCCGCCAGCCGCAGCCCUGCUUCGUCACUCAGAAGGUGCAGUUGAUUUACAAGCUGUUUCUGCUGGAAAACGCCAGGAGUACUCUUGAACAACAACUUCGCAGCUUCAUCAACAAGGCCUAUGAAGAAGUCCAAAGUUUCUUGAAUUCAUCUUUUCCUGCCUGUGAGUUCAGUGACCUUGCAAAGGCUUUGGAUACCAAAUGUGGAGCUGUUGACAAGCUCUCAGCUUUAUUAAAGGACUUAAUAGUUGAGCCACAAGUUUGUGUCCAGCCUGCUGUUAAAAAUGUAGUGAGAACAAACCAACUUCAGCCACUCCUGAAGACAGAUGUUCUCAAAUUUGGGCCCAUGUUGCAGAAUGGGCUUAUGGCAAGCUCCAUAGCAAAAGCAGUCCAGGUGCUUGGAGCCACACUGUCCCUUCAGCAGUUGAAACAUUUCCUCAUCUCCCAGCCUGCAGCGGUCCAGGAGGAUGACAUGAUUUGCACCAUCUCACCCAGCUACAAUAACACAGUUCAGACUCCAAGUUUGUCCAGUCAUUUAAAGGCUGAAGAAAAAGAACAAGCUGUUAUUUCUGAGGAGAAAGGUCAAACAGAUCCUGUGAUUCUGCCACCUGCCCUUAUUCAGAGUCCCAGGAGUAAUGCAGAGAGACCACUGAUAUUACUACCACCAAUACAAACUAUAUUCCCAGAAAUCAGUAACCCUAAACCCAUGAAAAUAACCCCACUAAUAGGCUGGGGAUGGGAGGAAGAUGUCCAGGUGCAACACCAAAAACAAACAUCCUCUCAGCUGCUGCACUUCCUCAGAGCCAAAACUAAAAACACGGGUGCACUGGAGGUCGCUGUCAUGCAGUGGAGUAAAAGCACGUACACUUCAGGUUUGCCACAGUCAACGUCACCCACCAUCAAAACACAAAGCUUCCAAUUCAGGCAUGUUGUGACAGACGGUGUGAUGGAAGGACUAGCCCAGAAAACGUUGUGUGCAGACAUUGAAAACCAAGCCCCAGUCUUCAGAGUAAAAAGAGUGGAGUCAAGUGGUUCUCUGACCUACACAUGUGUAGUUGCAACAAAGACUGAAUUGUGGGAUAUUGGAGACAUCUUCACAGAGGUAAAACAAGAACACUCUGACAACAUCCCAGUGAAAAAUGAAGACUGCCAAAAUGUAACCACUCAAAACUGUUGUGUAAACAUCUACCUGAAACCCCAAACUCUCCAGUGCUCACAACCUGAAAGAGAGAACAAUCCUGCUGGUGCAAAAACACCAGUGGUCAAUAGUGUUACCAUUCCCGAGUUCCAUAUCAGGAGGUUUGAAGAGACUGAAGUUGUGGUGUCUCAUAUUGUUAGCCCAGGCAACUUCUACAUCCAACACGCAGACUCCAACAUGAAGCUGCAAGCCUUUCUCACAGACAGCUGGAAAGCCAGUAGUUCAUAUGCUGAGCAGAACUGCAUUCCAGACAUUGGAACCCAAGUAAUGUGUUGGUUCCCUAAGCAAGAACAAUGGUGUAGGGCUCAGGUGACGAAGAUAUGUGGUGUAAGUGGAGAUAAUAAUUCCACUGAUGGUGGUGGGAUUGAGACAUCAAUCAAGGUGGAGGUGAAGAUGCUGGACCUUGGUGGCACUACUUGCCUGUCACUAUUGAACAUCAAGGAGCUGACCCCAGAAAUGGCCGUCCUUCCUCUUCAGGCUGUACAGGUGUCACUGGCAAAUGUGACGCCUGUGAAUGGGAGAGACUGGUCUGAGGAGGCAGUGGGCUGGUUCAAAGCGAUGGUGCACAACAGGACACUCUAUGCCAGACUUUACCCGCAGGGGCCCAUAGUUACAGUCGAGCUGUUCUUGGAAAAGGGAAAGCUUGGAGCUAUGAGGAGGGGUGCAUCACUGUCUUUGAGACUGGCCCAAAAUGGACAUGCAAAACACAACAAACUGAAGAAUGUUGGUCUUAUGAAAAGAAGCACUGUUCAACUUAAAAUGAGAAAACAGGACUCUGACUGGGAGAAAUACCUCAUCUCGUGCUACACUCAAAGGAACAGGGAAGUGUCUCAGGUCCUGAUUUAUUGCAGCCACGAGAUAAUGCAAGUUCAGUCAGAUUAUCUACCCACCUAUUUCAUUUUUAUAUAUCUUUCUUUCAAUAAUAAUCAUUCUUAGAACCAUCUUGCUUUUGUUUAAUAUCGAGUUUGUGUACAAUGGCAAAUCUAUUAUUUUGUUUGUGUGUGUGUGUGUGUGUAAAAAAAAAAAAAAAAAAAAAGUAAAAAAAUAAAAGAUCUAUAACUGUG